UGGGACGGCCGCUGGUCGGUCUCCUAGCGCGGCUGGCUAGGUGCUCCGGAGUUCCGCGCUUUCCGCGGAGUUGGCUGCGUCCGGCAGUUGAGCUGCACGCGGAGGGGCUGCCCUCGCCUCCUUGCACCGCCGGUCCCGCUCCAGAGUCUCAGAUAUGGGCCUUCAUCAGUUCCUGGUGUCCUUCUUUGUCCUGCUGUUGUCUGGUACCGAAGUCACAGGCACCCUAAAGAGCACCCUGGACCCGAGCCUCAAGAUUUACAAGAAGAUGUUUGAGGUGAAGCGGCGGGAGCAGUUGCUGGCACUGAAGAACUUGGCACAACUGAACGACAUCCACCAGCAGUACAAGAUCCUCGAUGUCAUGCUCAAGGGGCUCUUCAAGGUGCUGGAGGACUCCCGGACAGUGCUCACUGCUGCAGAUGUGCUCCCAGACGGGCCCUUCCCCCAGGAUGAGAAGCUGAAAGAUGCUUUCUCCCAUGUGGUGGAGAACACAGCCUUCUUUGGUGACGUGGUACUGCGCUUCCCGAAGAUCGUACACCACUACUUUGACCACAAUUCCAACUGGAACCUCCUCAUCCGCUGGGGCAUCAGCUUCUGCAAUCAGACAGGCGUCUUUGACCAGGGCCCCCACUCACCCAUCCUCAACCUGAUGGCCCAGGAGCUGGGGAUCACUGAGAAAGACUCUGACUUCCAGAACCCAUUUAAAAUAGACCGGGCAGAGUUCAUUCCUAGCACUGACCCUUUCCAGAAGGCCUUGAGGGAAGAAGAAAAACGCCGGAAGAAGGAGGAGAAGCGGAAAGAGAUCCGAAAAGGCCCAAGAAUCUCAAGAUCUCAGUCUGAAUUGUAGCCCUGGAGCAGUUUGGGACCUAAGGGAUCAUCAAGAGGCCAGUCAGAAGAGGCGCAGCCGUGUGGCUGUGGUAUAGCAGCAUCAAGCACCAUGGUGAGCACCAGCCACUUCCGGAUGGGGACCCUAUGUUUGCUGAGUCCUCAGGAGCUGGGUCUGAGCCUUGGCCCAAAAGACUGAGCCUCUGGGAUCUUAGGGCACACCAAGGGGGUCUUGAGAGGACACUGUUCUGUAGACAGGAGCUUGCAGAGAAGCUGUUGGGGGAGGCUGGCUGAGGGACUCCUGGUCUGGAUCCUCUUGGUGAGAGUUGCAGGCCAGCUGCUGGCCUUUGUGAGGAAGCGGUAGAAUCUGGCUCUGAAUUACAGGUGAAGGUGUCAUGCUUGUAGCUGGCCUCACUGUAUUCCUGGACUGCCUAUCACCAUUCCAGCUCUCUGCAGAGCAACGCUAAAAGGCAGCAAAUUCAUUGGCCUCACCAAGACUGACGAGGAGGCUGUAAGGACACCAGGAGCUUCUAGAAGCGGCAGGACCAGCCUGGAGUAUGUUUCUGCCUCACCGGGAGGGAGCCCCAGGCCUUCGCAUUGCAGAGAAACAAGAACAAGAAACAAGAGGUUUAGGCCUCUCAUUCACUCACUGCUGCCCUUCAUAAGGGAUCAGUUUGGAGGGGACCCAGAAGUGUCCUGGGAGGGUGUUUAUUUCAAGGAGACCUUAAAAGAACAUGAUCUCUAGUCUCAGAUAACUGGGGACAGUCACUGAGCUGGUUCAGGGGACAAUCAACUUGUUCUCUCUGCUGCUAAAGCUAGAGCCUGUGUGGGGGGUGAUGUUAUAGGGGACAGGUUACAGGAGGCUGGCUUGGUAAUGGGACUACUGUAAACUGCGCUGACCAGACGGUGGGCUUCUCAGUUCAGGGUUCAGGCAGAGUCUCGUGGCCACAGGGCAGGGAGCUAUGGCAGGAGUUAGGCCCUCGGAGGGCAGCCUGGUCUCUAUGAAUUCCAAAGCAGGUGGCUGCCUUGGCUCUAUUGAAAUUACAGUGCUACCUCUUCGAUCUUGCCAAGCCAAAAUGUAUCCCUUAAAGGCAUGGAGACACCCACCAUCCCUGUGUCAUCCCCAGCCAUACCCCUGCCUUCAGGAACACUCUUCCUCUUACUGCUGACAGUGGUGGCAAGACCUGAGCCUUAGCCCGACUGACCUUGGCCUACUCUCUUUCUUCCCUGAGCUGUGCCUUCAUUGGUAAAAUCAAUUGGAUGAUGUCUGAAUCCUCGGCCAAGCUCCAACCUACAUCCGUGGAGGCUUGCCUUUCUACUGGCCAGCACAGCAAAGGGAAGCCAGGUGUUGGGGAGGCUUCUUGGAAGGUCCCAGAGUAGCCUGCUUCUCAACAGUCAUGCAGGAGAAGUAUGGGGAUGAGAAGUAGUCGGGAAGAGGGCUGGAGAAGUUUUCCCAUAGAAAUGCUUAUCCGAUGCAGAAGAGAUACACAGCUGGCCCAAGAGACCUGGGCUGCAUUCCCAGCCUGUCCCUUCCAGCUGUAUGACCUAGCCGAUUCCUGUGAGGUUUCUCUGAUAUGACAGCACUAGAGUCUGGGACUUCCUGGCCUAUGGAAAGGAUGAGAUCUACCCAUCAUCUAUUGAACCUGUGCUAGUGUUGUGGGACUAGGGGCCAGAGGCAGCCACGAGGGUCCUCCCUGUUCCCUUCCUCUUUGAGAGAGGUUGUGGUUGAUGGCUUUGCAAGGAAAAUGCUUCUUCCCUUAACUGAAGGAAGAACUUCUAAGGAACCAGGUCAGCUUGGCUGUGGACCUGUCUUUCUUUUCUGGGAUUUUGUUGUUGUUUGGUUGGUUGUUUCUUUGAGACAGGGUCUCACUAUGUAGCUCAGACUGUCCUGGAACUCACUCUGCAGACCAGGCUGACCUCAAACUCACAGAGAUUAAUUCUGAGAUUAAAGGUGUGUGUCACCACACCUAGUGGUGGGUGGGAGGGUGGGUUUAGAAAACAAAAACACAAAACACUUGAGGGAGGGCACUUGCUUCUCCAGCUCACUCAGUGGCUGGGAUUCAAUUAUGUGACUGUAGCUCUACCAAUUGUAUGUUUAGGUAGUGGCCGUAGCCUAGGUAACUGUGUAUGUUUUCUAGUGGCCUGACCAGUGGCCAUUGCUAUGGGUGCUCAUGGUGGCAAUAAUGACAGUGUGGUCUUGGAUGUUUCAGCCUUCUAAGUCCAGUCCAUGGCACUCCUGGAGACUCCAGGAGUCCCUUCAUUUUCCCUUAAGCAGGGCAUUUCAACAGUGUGGCACUGUUCACAUUUUGAACCACUCUACUGUCCUCAGGCUAUCCUGAGUGGUGUAGGAUAUUUAGUAGUAUCCCUGCCCCCCACCGGCUAGAUGCCAGUAGAGUCCCACAGUUAGGACGACUAACAAUGUCUCCAGCCAUUGCUAGAUGUCUCUCCUUCCCUCCUCAGUUCUGUUUUCCUCGGCCCUCCCGAGUCAGUGUCCAGAUGGACGAGGGCUUUAGGGGAUGAUCCUUCUGGGUUGUUCUUGUGCCCAGCUCUGUCCUUGGUCAAAGUCUGCUGUCUCUCGUAGUGUCUUCCCUCCGCUUUUCUUUAAAGGAAUAGGUAUUCUGGCCUAGCUUCCCUUCCCUUGGCUCUUCUUCUUGGACAGUCACAGCUUAAAUCUGCCCUGCUACCACCUGACAACCGUCAUUUCCUGUGUUUCAGCUCAGUCUAGCCACACUCUUGAUCGAUCCAGCCAGAAAGCUUCCUAGAGGUAGUGAUAUCCGAUAGAUGGGGGAAACCUGAAAGCAGAGCUCUUGGAGGAAGUCAGUGGGAAAUAUUUCCAUGGUGUACAGCAGCUACCCAAUGCACAGUAGAUAUCUGGACAUAACACUUAGUCCAGUCACUUCAAAUGAACAACCCAAGUCCUGGGGAGUAGCUUGUGCAGCGGGAGCCAGCUGAAAGAGACAGUCAGUUAUGUGGGCAAGGCUAGGAGGUGUCAGUGUUUGCUGAGGUUUGGGCCGGGGCAGUGACCAUCUUAUUACCACUUAUUUUUUAUUUUUAUUUUAUUUAUUUAUACUUGGUUUUUCAAGACAGGAUUUCUCUGUGUAGCCCUGGCUGUCCUGGAACUCUCUCUGUAGACCAGGCUGACCUUGAACUCAGAGAUCUGCCUACCUCUGCCUCCAGAAUGCUAGGAUUAAAUGCGUGGGCUACCAUUGCCCUGCUUAAAAAAAAUAAAGAUAUUUCAAGGAAAAAAAAAAGUCUACAAACCUAGUUCAAGGACAGCGUGUACUACAUAUAACCUGUCCCCACAGAAAAGGUGUGUGCCACCAGCCAUUUCCACUGGGCCUUCAUUUGUGCUUCUUCAGGUCAGUUCACCAAGCAUACAUGGAAAGGCAGAACUUACGGGAAUUGGUUCUCUCCACUUGGUGAAUCCCAGGGAUUGAACUUGGGUCACUGGGUUUAUCGGCAAGCACCUCUACCCACUGACCCAUCUUGCUGGUCCCAGGCCAGAGUCUUGAUAUCAUAAGGCAGGCCCCUUGUGAGUCUCAUCACACCUUUUCCUUGGUCACUUGUGCCAUUGUCUGUUACUUUUAUGUUCAGUGUUUUUGUCAUUCACAGACACACACAAACACACACAAGCACUUAAUGUAAGGCCCUCAAGUGGCCAGGUCCUGUCCCCAGAGUACUCUAAGGUCCCUAAAGGCAGUUUUCAGCCCCUCAAGAUACAGGUGGCCAAGCUCUGCUCUACAAAAAAAAAAAAAAAAAAGGAGGAGGAGGAGGAAGAGAAGGAGGAGAAGGAGAAGGAGAAAGAAGAAGAAGAAGAAGAAGAAGAAGAAGAAGAAGAAGAAGAAGAAGAAGAAGAAAAGAAGAAGCAGAAGCAGCCGCCCAAGAUCAGCCACAGAAACUCACCAAUCCCUACUUGCUCCUAAGAUCAGGCCACAGAAUCCCGCCAGGAAACCUCCAUCCACACACACCCUCAAGCAACCCUGUAUAAAGCCUGCCUCCUGCUCAGUUCUCUGCUGCUUCUCCCAGCCACACUCUUGUGUCUGUGCCUGUAAUUCUCUUGUGUGAGGCUUGUUACCUUUCCCCUCGGAGCUGCAACACUUGCGUUGGGAAAACCUUUCCCCUCCCAGGGCUGCAACCCUUACACCUGGAAGGCAAGACCUGUUUGCUUGCUACAGAAAUCAAAUAAAGGUGAAAAUUGCCAGGGUGGUCCUGUGCUGUUUUGAAGAUAACAGUUGCCUACCCAGCCCAAUUGCACGGAUUAAUGGAGCCACAAGUUUCUCCGUGCAGCCUGUCUGACCCCUAAAACAGCUGCCUCAGACUCAGGAAGAUUUUCCCAUGUACGUCAUGAAAGCUUUUUCCUGUCAAUAAAUACACACGACUUUCUUCUAA